AGUUUCUCCACCCAACGCCCGGUCGCCCGCUCUCGCCAGUCGCCACCAAUUCGCUGCUGCUCCGCUUUCUCGUCUCCGUCCGCUGCCAAGUCGCUGAAACUUCGUAUCGUAAAGCCCUUUUACCACUCCACGGUCAAAAUCAAUGGAGAUAGAAGAGCGUCAGGCGCAAUUCAUCCAGCAGUUCGUGGAGCAAGCGUCGGCGAUCGACGGCGGCCCUGCCUCUUCUCCCUCUCUCGCUCGCCUCGUCGUCGAAUCCACCUCGCACCCUUCAGUCUUCUCCUUCGGCGAGAUUCUCGCCCUCCCAAAUCUCCUCCAGGUUCAAGGAACCGAGAAUUCGGCGUACGUCGAUCUCCUGAAACUGUUUGCUUAUGGAACGUGGAAGGACUACAAAGGGAAAUCGAGUGUACUGCCGCAGUUGAAACCGCAUCAAAUUGUUAAGCUGAAGCAGCUCACUGUGCUUACUGUCGCUGAGACUAGCAAGGUUGUUUCCUACAAUACACUUUUGGAGGAACUUGAAUUUUCUAACGUGCGUGAGCUCGAGGACUUCCUUAUUGAUGAGUGUUUGUACGCGGGGAUAAUCAAAGGGAAGUUGGAUCAAUCAAAGCGAUGUUUCCAGAUUGAAUUUGCAGCAGGGAGGGACCUGGUCCCCGGUGAACUUGAAGCUGUGAUAGAGACUGCAAAAAAUUGGUUGGCAACUUCAGAUAAUUUGCUUCCGUUGAUUGAAGACAAGAUUAGACAGGCUAAUGAAAUGGAUCAAUUGGAGAAGCAGCAUCAGAUGGAUGUCAAGGAAAAUAUUGAAAUAGCAAGGAAGAAUCUUCAUUCGAAUGGCCAUCCUGACAUCAGUAGUCCCCGUUUUCUUGAUGAUGGAGACCUAGAUAAUCAAGACGAGCGCUUUCACUACAAAAAGACCACGAAAGCCAGACGCUCUACAGGUGGACGCUCUGCCACCCGAUACACCAGAAUGUGAAGAGAAGGUCAGCCUCUGCUGCUGAUCGCUUAUUAUUUUGAAUACCCCUGUCUGAUGCAAUUUCAUAUCUCGGUUUAGCCUUCAAUUGGAUUUACAGUUACAGCGAUUUAGUCUUUCAGAUGUCUAGGUUUCCCCCCCUUUUGGUCAAUGUAAAUACGUGGUGGAGUGAACUAAUUCUUUCGGUUCAUCAGUUUAGUUUUUCCCUGCGUAGCAUAUUCAUAUCCACAACGAAAAUGGACCUAUGACUGUUCUUGACUGGGAGGGGAGGUAUCUAUUUAGUUGUUUAUUCUACUCAUGUCGUAAGUUUGAUCUUUGCGGUCCUUUGCGGUGUUAAUCUCACUCUGCGAUAAGGGGAAUUGCAGACGUUUUUUCUGCUUCCGAUCCUCUUGGGCCCUUGAAAAGUAGAAUGGAAGGUUUGGGCUUUGGAUUCCAUGUACCCUUAUGGACCUUAAAUCUUUGCAAGCCUGUACUCAACGGGCUAGGCUAGCCCGUUCGAUACACGCUAGACUUUCGUGGCGGCAUGGAAACGGAUUAGCAUCCGCAUUCUUGAUAAAAUUAUGUUGACACACUCUUUUUUUUAAUACAAGUUUUUUUAUAGUUAAGUGUUACUUGAGGGAUUCGAACUUAGAAUCUUUAGGUUUAAGAUAAAUAGUUAUACCAUUGGAUCAACCGUUGUUCACUAUGGUGGCACAAUUUUAACCACUGGAUCAAGCAAUUAUUCGCUAUGUUGACACAAUUUUGAAUAGACAAGUUAUCCGUUGUGUAUGGUGGUAAGAUAUGCACUGCCUUUUGAGCAGGAGAGCUCGCUUUGUGACCAACUAUUUGUUAUUGUACAUCAAUGGGCAAACCGGAAAAUUAGUUGUUGCCAUCCAUCAUCCAUGUUUAUAGUACACAUAUGUUUUAUGCAAAAUUUAUGCCACCUUGUUUUCUGCGGUAAAACUAAUAACCUACGAUAAAAUUAUAUAGUUUAAGGAUAUAUUAUACUGAUAUAUGAUGUUGGAAAAUAUAUUAUUAUUUUAUUUAAAAAUAAUAUUACAUCAAUUAAAUUUCAAUUAUGCCACUAAAAUUUUAUUUCAGUAAGUUAUCAUAUACGACUUCGACUUCGGUCCCUCUAUUCAACAUAUACAUAAUAAUUCGAUUUAUCAAUACGUAUAGGCUCGGACUAUCAAUAAUGAUUUUUCUUUAGAGUUUUCUUCUUAAAAUCUUUUAGUUUUUUUUAUUAUGUGAGAGUUAGAAUUACUUAUGCUCUGAGCACCAGUACAGUUUCACAAAUCAUUGUGAAAAUGAAUAGUCUAUUUGAUGUGAACUUGUCAACAAAGAUGUAGAAUAGUCUAUUUGAUAUUUUAAUAAAUAAUAACAGAUAUCGAAGGUCGGGAAAAAAGAAAGAAGAAGAAGAGGAAUCUGAUCUCAAUACUCGACAGACAGGUGACGGCGUUGAAUUGAUAUUAUCUUAACUAUUGUUGCGUGGAAGCAAAAGACCCAUUGGGUAGACUGUAGAGUAGUCGCCGGUCAAAGUGUUGAAUGUGACACACCAAACCCUACUUUGCCAAAAGAGGAAUUGCCUGCAACCAACUCCAACCCAAGAGCUUGGUCCUGUUUUACCAAAUCGAGGUUUGCAGAAGAAAGGUUCGAUUGUUUUGCUUCCAUGAAACCCUAAUCCACCAAAGAUGACUUUGUUGAAGGUUGAGCUUUGAAUUAGAAUGGUUCCUUUUAAUUGUUGUGUUAUUCAUAAUUAUGGAACUUUUGAUCGACCAUGUGAUGCUCACAAACUCAGUUGGAUUUCGAAAUUGGUUCGACCUAUUGAGUUGGGUGGAGUUUGAAAUCGAUGUUCACUCUCGUAAAGUAUUGUAGUUUUGUGAUGAUAACCAUUGUCUAACUAGCACAUUAACUAAUAUUGUACAAUUCACAUCUAAAAAUUCUAGCCAAUCCUUGAUUCUAGGAUCUACCAUCUCGUUUUACUA